AUGUACGACGAUUAUUUGGAUAAUAAUUUUCCUGGCAGGUGGAUUGGAAGAGGUGGUACAAUUCGAUGGGCUUCACGUUCACCAGAUUUAACACCUCUCGACUUUUUCCUUUGGGAUCACUUAAAGAAAAAUGUCUACAAAACUCCUAUCAAAGAUAUGGCUGAAUUAAAAAUGAGAAUCGAUAAAGAAAUUAAAUCAAUCUCAAAAGAAACUUUGUGUAAUGUUUUUUCAAAUAUUGCAAAACGGAUGGAUUUAUGUAUUUCAGUUGAUGGUAAUCAUUUUGACAUUUGCUGUAAACCAAAUUAUAUGAAAUAA